UCGUGGUCGGCGGUUCUGUGUCACUCAUACGGUUUUUCUCCUCCCGGUGUGCAUUUUCGAAGCCAUGUCUCUCCGCCGAGCAUAAAAGCCGCUAGAGUGCGCGCGAGGCCUCCGUCAUGAGCGAAGUGGACAAAAAAUACGUUCCCUUUUGGAAAUGGUGGCUUCACCGGAGCGCGUCGAGCCCUUCCCUCAGCCACAAGGCCAUCAGGCCGGGCGGGACAGCCGAGAAUGUGGUCUCCCGGCGGCCAGGGAAGCGGAGUAAGUAUAUGAGGAAAGGACUGGCGUCUCUGGAAACGGUGAAAAGCACGCCGGACGGCAUCGCGGAGAGCCAGGACUCGUCUGAGGAUCUUUUCUUCACGCCGAGGGAAAAUAUGAGGGAUUUCUUUUCGAACGACGACUUGCUCCAGGCUCAGGAGGGAUACUGGAGGGAUGUCAAGUCAUCUGAGGAAUUGCACAAGGGAUCCAUCAAAAGGAGAACUGAAGUCGACUCGAGCGAGAGCAUUUUGGAGGACGCCGAGAGGGAAAGCUCUUCGUCCAAGCAGGAAAGACGUGCCCUUUCCACAAGCCAUCUCUCGGGGAGACAAAUGGCGCCUGAGCUCUCUCGGCCGAGACCCCUCACCUCAGAAAUCAACCCGGAGUCGAGGUCGGCGAGCUCUCCCGCGCUGAGGCGGACCCAGACGACGGAGGAAAUGGAGGCGGGCACCGCAAGGCGAGGAGCCGCCGCUCCGGGCGACUCACGUACCAGGAAACCCACGAAAGGGAAACGAAAACAGGAGCCUGAUAUAAAACUGACAAGAAGGACGCAGUCGCUCACUCUGAGGGCCGGCAAGGGGAGGCGCUCGGCGGACAGCACGCGUGAAGACAAAUCAUACGCUAACGAACAGUACAAAGGUUUUGAUAUAUAUCAAGAAAUCGAGGAUGGGGAGAUGGAGCACGGGGGGUCCACGCGACCGUCCCCGGAAGAAAGCAAAAAGGAAGCUAUGAGGCUGCCGAAGCUGGACACAACCGACACAGCCGCCCCGAAGGGAUGGGACACUACAGAGGGCAGUCGCCGAAGGAAGGUGACAUCUCCCGUGUACGACGUCUUGACCCCAACGGAAAUCUGGGCGAGAAGGAGCUCCGCAAGGCAGAAGGACGUGCAGGCGGUGGAAGACUUUGCCAGGAAUAGAUCAGCUUCAGACGUGAACACAAGGAACAUCAGCAACCUGACUGCGACUGCCGCCAGGCAGAGGUCUGCUUCGGCAACUGACAACAAACCAGUUCUUAAAGAAAAAGUAAAAUACAAGUUUGGAAGGAAGAAAGACAGUCUGCCUGAGGAAAACACGGAGAUUGUUAAUGAUUACGACCGUCCUGGGCCGCCACGACCCAUAUACCAGUCUCCGCCUCCUCCUCGGGAAGUCGGAGACAUGAGAACCUUUCAACCAAUUUCGAGGCAAAGGGAAGAGGAGAAAGACAACGCCGAUGGCUCCAAACAGGAAGAGAGAACGCGCGCGGCCCCAGAACAUUCCGACGCCCCGCAGCCAGCGAGCCCCAAGGCUGAUGAAAAGUCCUCCCCAGAAUCGCUGCCUGAAGAGAAUGACGCUUCCGGGCACACUGCGGUGCGGAGAACACAAAGUGAGAAGCGGACGUCGCCAGUGGUGGUGAGGCAGCACCAGCGAGUCAAGCGGAGCCACAGCGAGCCCCGAUCCGCCAGGACCGACGUCGCCGUCCCGACCGACGCCCUACAGCCGAUCAUCGACGAUCACCUCGUGAAGCACAAUGAGAAAGUUCUGAGGGAGCUGGGGAUCGACCUCGAGGCCCUCGAGCACAAGCCCGCCGCCAGAGUCACCUCCACGUCCCCCACGCUCUCCACAGACUCGUCGCUGUCGUUCACGAAGCGGCGGCCGGCGAGUCUUCCCCUGGCGCCGCAGGGAGACGACAACAUCUCUCCCGUGUCUGAAUUCGGCCCAACUGUGCACGAUCCAAGGGCGAGGCUCCACUUCGGCGCCCGCCCUGCCGGAGCGCCUCUCCACGCAAGGAAGUCGACCUUCAAGCCCGCGCCACCGAAGAGGUCGCCCACGACCAAACUGACGUCGGGCCCCGGUCAGCACUCGCUCUCGAGCCAUUCCUCGAACCGCUCGACUCCGCGCUCGUCCCCGCUGCCCCCCUAUCCCCGCCCCACGGCGCCCCGGAGACAGCAGACCCGACGGACCGAGUACAUGCACCGCGCAAGCUCCCUGACCUCGGUCGUGAUGCGGCACGAGACGCCCGACCGCCAGCAGGAGGUGUACGGCUCCAUCAUUCAGAAGACGCAGUUCCGCCCCUUGUACCCAGGAGUGAUCCAGCAGGGGAUGCCCGCCGCGCCGCUCCAGCCUGCCCCUUGGCCCCCCGCCCUCGACAAGGUCCCCCCUGGCCAGAGAAACUCCCUCGCCCACCCACAGUCCUCCGCGAUGCCCUUGCUGUACGACCCCGUCCCGAAGCCGCGGCGGUGGUCGCUCGCUCUCUCCGAACUGCCGCAGUAUCGCCAGCAGACUCCACAAGGGCAGGGGCAGCCGAGGCGACAGGGGCGCAGCCACGGCCGACAGACGGCCGAGCGAGAGCUGGCGAAGGCGGCUGUGAAGAACUGGGUGAUCGAGCGGCUGUCGUACUACCCGCCCGAUGUACAGUCGAUGUAUUUUAACCAGAGAUGGACGUACCGAUUGUACCCCUCGGUCCAUCCCACUAUCCAGGAGGAGAUAGAGGAUGACGUGUUUGAGCCGAAUUCGACUUACAGGACCGUCCAGCUCAAGACCAAAAGUUCGAGUGAUUCAGACCACUCAGUGGGCGGGCUAAGAACGGCCUCUUUGGACCGUUUGGGCCGCAGGUCGAACGCCCAUCCGGCCGCUCACGCCCAUGCCCACGCCCACACCCCUCAUUACACCCUCCCCAGGCGCCCGCCCGCGACCCAGAGGUAUCAGCAGCAACCCAAGGGCGUAAGGGCCUCUUGGCGUCCCCCGGCCCAGAAGCCCUUACUUCCCCUUGUCCAAAGCUCUACUACACGCCGCCCGAGUCUCUUCUAUCAUGUCCUGGCUGAGGGUCCCUUAGUACAACCUUUUUCCGUGGAUUCUCUACUGGAUUUCGUGGACGAGGAUCGUCUAAUCGCGUCCUGCCCGAGACGAGAAUCUCUCGCAGCAUCCAAGCCAAGGAUCCUUUACACCCUCCUGACCGCUAAUCCUUUAACUCCCUGGCCGAGGUGGCAGUACGCUGGUGGCGCCUUUGGGACGGCUGAUGGCGAGCAUGUGCGGCAGGCUUGCACUCCCACAUUACGGGAUUAG